AUGAUAAGAAGUAUUUUUAUCAUAAACAAGGACCGAGAAGUUCUUCUUGAAAAGCAUUGGAAGACUAUAACUCCACGAUCAGUCCUCGAUUCGAUCUGCGAAGGCCAGUCGCAAACUUUGGACCCCUUGAAGGUUCCAACUGCAGUAGAGGCUCCAAAUAAUGUAAUAUUAAUUAUUGUGGAAAAAAAUAGUCUCUUUUUCAUUGCUACAUGCAACGAAGAAGCCCCUCCCCUUUUGAUUAUGGAGUUCCUUAACCAGGUUGUACUGAUUUUUGAGGAUUACUUCGGAAGCGUUGGAGAGUCAACUGUUGUCGACAAUAUUGUUUGCGCAUCGGAGCUUUUGGACGAGAUGCUUGAUAAUGGAUUUCCCUUAACAACUGAGCCAAAUAUUCUCCGAGAGCUUAUUAAGCCACCCAAACUUUUAAGAUCAAUUGCUGAAGUUGUGACAGGUCGACCUGUCGGUGGGGUCACAUCCACUCUGCCCAUCAAUCAGUUGACCAAUUUACGAUGGCGUCGCACUGGUGUCAAGUACACAAAUAACGAAGCUUUUUUCGACAUUACCGAGAGUGUCAACGCCAUCAUCGAUCGGUCGGGAAAUAUUCUUCUCGCUGAUGUUGAAGGGGCGAUUGACUGCACAAUACAUCUCUCGGGAACGCCUGAUCUGACCCUUAUUUUCAAUAACCCUCGAAUAUUAGAUGAUGUCGGUCUUCACCCUUGCGUCCGGUACAUUCGAUGGGACAAGCAAAGGAUACUUUCAUUCAUUCCACCAGAUGGAAAAUUUCGAUUGUUCACUUACUUUGUUCCAAAUCUUAGUUCCAUAUCUCUUCCAAUCGCACUGAGGCACAACAUUUCUCUCAAGGCUGCUGGCAGCCGAUUUGAGCUAUCCGUGUCUCCAAAGUCGACGGCUGGGCGACCGAAUAGUCAAGUGAAGCAACUUGCCCAGCUAACUGGAGCUGUAUCCUACCCAACACCAAACCAUAUUCUCCUCAUAAUUCAUUUUCCUAUGCUGCUUUCUAGAUAUGAUCGUUAUCUAGCUCCUGUGCUUGGUCUAGAAAAGUCUAACUGGACAGACACAUUUACUAUUCUCACGAUUAACGUGUGCCUUUGUUUGGUAAAGCUGGAGAAGGUGAAGGUUAAUGUGGCGAUGCCGUCGGAGGUUAGCAGUGUCAAUGUGACUCCUUCCCUUGGGAAGUCCAGUUUCGAUACGGUGACUAAAGUGCUCACCUGGGACUUGGGCCACCUGGAGACUCAAACAUACCCCUCCAUUAAGGGCUCGGUAACGCUGCACAGUGGGUGCACACAAGCCUCUACAGCGCCCAUCGUUAAUCUGCAGUUCGAGUUUCCUCAAUGUCUGGUGUCUGGUCUCCGUGUUUCCAGACUGGAGAUGCACACCGAAAGCUACAAACCCUACAAGGGCGUGAGGUAUGUUACUGUUGCAGGAAACUUCGAAGUCAGAGUCUAG